UGAUUAUAUCACAAGUAUUUACCUAACUUAUUUUUCUACUAAACCGUAUGUAAAACAUUUUACCAUCUUAUGUUUAAAGUAGAAAGUUGAAAUUAAUUUUUGUUUGAAAAAAUGUGUCAUUUCUGUUGUUGGUAAAACUUGUCCAUGUAAAAUGAUAUAUUUUACAGUACAACUGCUUUCAGACAUAUUCUAAGCAUAGGCUGAGAUUCGGCAGAGAUACCUUGGGGGCUUGCCUGUCCUGUCGAUUUCUCCUCCCUCAUAUAGCUGUUGCCGAUGUCAUAUGAGCUGCAACUUCAUCCACCUCCCCAACCUCCACUUUGCUUGCAGGCAGUCCUCUCGCGGUCCACCCUUGUGACCUGGCCUAAUUAGAUCAGUGGCUUCCAUCUCUUGAGAUGCGGAACAAGCACACUAACAUCAUCCAUACCCCAAACAAGCAUUCAUGAUCCCUGACGCGGAAUAUCCUGCCAUCUUAAUACAUUUGUUUAUCAACAAUGCAUGCUGCAAUAUUAUAAAGAAGUACACCAUGAAGCUUAAUAAUGAAGCAAAAUCUAAGACCUAAGGGAUGCACAUUAGAUAGCGGUGACUAGGAAGUGUGUGUUUAUAUUUUAAGAGAAAGGUUUCUGACCAUGCAAUCAGUGUGCUCUGUUGAUGGUGUCCUGUUACAGGCAGCCACUAUAGUGAGAGGGGGGAGGGGAGAAUCCAGGACAAAGUCAAGCAGCACCCGGGGCACUUUAGUUUGAAGGGCAUUGAGUUGACACAAGACACAGAUCUACAGUAACAAAACAUUCAAACAGGUUAUACUUUAUUGUAACUCCAGCUGCUCUGAGUUAAAGCCUGGAAGAGUUUCCUCCUCAUACACUGGUUUACCACCUGCCUAAUUUGCAAUAAGUGAGUCACAUUAGGAGGACUGCAAGAUGGCAGAAGCACAUCAGGCAGUCGCCUUCCAGUUCACGGUAACGCCAGAUGGAAUCGACUUUCACUUGAGCCGCGAGGCGCUUAAAAACAUUUACCUUUCUGGAAUAACCUCAUGGAGGAAACGUCUAAUCAGAUUUAAGAAUGGUGUUCUGACUGGGGUUUACCCAGCAAGCCCCUCAAGCUGGCUUAUUGUCGUCAUUGCUAUCAUGAGUACAAUGUAUGCCAGAAUAGACCCCUCCAUGGGAAUGAUUGAUUGCAUCAAAAAAACCCUGCCAGUGAAUGGUUAUCUGGCUGUUCAGACCCAAACAGUUCUGAGUGCCAUGCUAUUUGCUACAGGCCUAUGGGUGUCCCUGAUCCUGGUUCUCCGCUACAUACUCAAAAUGCUGCUUUCUUACCAUGGCUGGAUGUUUGAGCCGCAUGGAAGAAUGAGUAGGACUACCAAGAUCUGGGCAACCCUUGUGAAGAUAUUUUCUGGACGCAGGCCCUUGCUGUACAGUUUCCAGGCCUCUCUGCCACGUCUGCCGGUGCCUGGAGUUGAUGACACCAUCAAGAGGUACCUAGAGUCAGUUCGCCCCCUAUUGGAUGAUGAGCAAUACAACAGGAUGGAAAGUUUGGCAAAUGAGUUUAAAAAAGACCCGGCCCCCAAACUACAAAAAUACCUGAUCCUGAAAUCCUGGUGGGCAACUAACUAUGUGAGUGAUUGGUGGGAGGAUUAUAUUUACCUGAGAGGCCGGAGCCCUCUCAUGGUGAAUAGCAACUUUUACGCCAUGGACCUUCUUUAUGUGACUCCAACUCACCGGCAAGCCGCUCGGGCCGGCAACGUAGUCCAUGCCAUGUUGAUCUACCGUCGGAAACUAGACCGCGAGGAACACAGUCCGAUGAGAGCAUUAGGCAUUGUUCCCAUGUGCUCCUAUCAGAUGGAAAGGAUGUUCAACACUACCAGGAUCCCAGGCAUUGAGACUGAUUUUAUUCAGCAUUUAAAGGACAGCAAGCACAUGGUGGUGUACCACAAGGGCCGCUUCUACAAGGUGUGGCUCCAUCAUGGGGGCCGGCACCUCCAGCCCUGCGAACUGGAGAUGCAGUUCCAGAAGAUCCUGGAUGAUAAAACAGAGCCACAGCCUGGGGAACUCAAGCUGGCUGCACUGACCGCAGGUGAACGGAUUCCUUGGGCCAGAGCUCGUGUCAAGUUCUUUAGUCAGGGGAUUAACAAGGUCUCUCUUGAUGCCAUUGAGAAAGCAGCCAUAUUCAUGACUCUGGAUGAAGAGGAGCAAGGCUAUGACAAAGAGAAGCUAAGAUCCAUUGACUUCUAUGCAAAAUCUCUGUUACAUGGGAAAUGUUACAACAGGUGGUUUGAUAAAUCUUUUAACCUGAUUGCCUAUAAGAAUGGGAAGUUAGGAAUUAAUGCAGAACAUUCCUGGGCUGAUGCACCAAUUGUUGGACAUAUGUGGGAGUUUGUUUUAGCAACAGAUCAUUUUCAGUUGGGAUACACUGAAGAGGGACACAGCAAAGGAGACAUGAACAAGAUGCUAUCCCCUCCAAGCAAGCUGCAGUGGGAUAUUCCACAAGAGUGUCAGGAUAUUACUGAGAGUUCCUACAAGAUGGCCAAAGUGAUUGCAGAUGAUGUUGAUUUCCAUGGCUGUCUGUUUGAUGACUUUGGAAAAGGCCUGAUUAAAAAAUGCAGAACAAGUCCUGACGCCUUUAUACAGAUUGCUCUACAACUGGCACAUUUCAGGGACAAGGGAGAGUUCUGUCUGACAUAUGAAGCUUCAAUGACCCGUUUGUUCCGGGAAGGUCGAACAGAAACUGUACGCUCCUGUACCAUGGAAUCAACAGCAUUUGUUAAUGCCAUGGAGAAUCCAGAUAAAACAAAUGAAGAGAGACUGGAGCUGUUCCACGUGGCUGCUGAGAAACAUCAGAACAUGUACCGACUGGCAAUGACUGGAGCGGGCAUUGAUCGGCACCUUUUCUGUCUCUAUGUUGUGUCCAAAUACCUGGGAAUUGACUCCCCAUUCCUGAAACAGGUGCUGUCUGAACCCUGGCGGCUGUCCACAAGCCAGACUCCUCAGCAGCAGCUCAACAUGGUUGAUUUGAAUAAAUAUCCUCAAUACAUCAGUGCUGGAGGAGGAUUUGGACCAGUGGCAGAUGAUGGAUAUGGUGUGUCGUAUAUCAUCGUAGGAGAAGAUUUAAUCACUUUCCAUAUUUCCAGCAAAUUCUCCAGUCCUGAAACUGAUUCCUAUCGCUUUGGGCAGAACAUUCGUCAAGCAAUGCUGGAUAUCAAAGGUUUAUUCAACACUAAGAAAGAUAAGAAGAUGUAAGAACCACGUAGGGAAGCUAUAAAAUGAAAUGGUUUGUUAUUCCCCAAAAGGUAAUACAUCAGUAUUGUACAGAAGUGUGGUUAGAAAAAAAAUACUUUAGUACACUUAGUUUAUAUGUAGAAUCCCAAAUGUUGUCCCAAAACAGUUAUACAUACUAAGUAAUAUUCUACACAAUGUAUUUAUUAAUUUAAAGAGACACAUGAAGUGAAAACGUUAUGUGUGCUAUAUGGGUUUCAGGUAUCUGGAGUACAGUUAUUUGUAAGUGUGUGUUCUACUGUACUUUAUACAAUUUGGACAUUAAAUGUUUCAGUGUUUAUUA